UUCCGCCACUGAAGCCAGUGUUUUAAAUAAAUGAGCUGCAGCACCAGCAGCUAUCUCCGUUCUCCCCCCUUCCUCCCUCUGCCCGAGUGUAGUAUCAGCGGGGUAGGUAGGAGGCUGUCAGCCCUGCACAGCGUUUCCCUGUGUGACAGCAGCGCACAGACAGCGCCAGUGUGCUGGGCUGACAGCCUCCUAACAGUGCGGGAGCAGCAGCAGCUUCGUGCGGGAGCUGGCAGGGAUUUCUCCCUCCCCACUGACAGCCCGUCGCGGACACGCACUCCGUACGGAGACGCGCUUUCAAUUCACAGCUCCCCAGCGGCGUUCCGGAAACGGGUCCGGUCCGGAUUUCACCGAAUCCCUGUCUAAACUGCAUGCAGGAUUUAGUCUCUGCAUUACUUUGCUACGUCUUCACGUGGAGAAGAAAGCAGAUUCCGUCUGCUAGAGGUGACAGAUAAAGAAUCAACCGAGGUGACAGAUCUAGCGCUUCAGAAGACAGCUGAUGUUUCUGAAUGUUUCAGGAAAGAUGUCCUUGUUUCGUCUACCACCCGUACCAACUAUUAGGGAGAUUAUCCAACUUUACAAUUUAAGAGCUGAAAAACAGCUUUCUCAAAAUUUUUUGCUGGAUCUGAGACUUACAGAUAAAAUAGUCAGAAAAGCCGGGAAUAUAAAAAAUCAUUAUGUGUGUGAGGUUGGUCCUGGGCCAGGAGGACUUACGAGAGCUAUUCUCAAUUCCGGUGUUGAAGAACUUCUUGUGGUAGAAAAGGACACACGGUUUAUGCCUGGGCUAAAGCUGUUAAAUGAAGCAUCCAAGGGAAAAGUGCGUAUUGUUCAUGGUGAUAUCCUCACAUACAGGAUGGAUAGAUCCUUUCCGAAGCACUUACGAAAGGCAUGGAAAGACGAUCCACCUAAUUUGAACAUUAUUGGGAAUCUGCCUUUUAACGUCUCCACACCUUUGAUCAUCAAGUGGUUUGAGGAGAUUGCAAAUAGAACUGGCCCAUUUUCUUAUGGCAGGACACAGAUGACAUUGACUUUCCAGCAUGAAGUAGCAGAGAGGAUGACAGCCCCCCCUGGUAACAAACAGCGGAGUAGACUGUCUAUCAUGACCCAGUAUCUCUGCAAUGUGAAACAUUGCUUUUCUAUUCCUGGUCGUGCCUUCGUUCCUAAACCCAAGGUUGAUGUGGGUGUUGUACAUUUGACACCCUUAAUACAACCAAGAAUAGAACAGCCUUUUAAACUUGUAGAAAAAGUAGUCCAAAGUGCCUUCCACUUAAGGCGGAAAAACUGCUAUCGAGGAAUUUCUUUGUUAUUCCCCGAAGACCAGCGCACAAAACUGACAGAGCAGAUGCUGACAUUGGCUAAUGUAGAACCAACAUUACGACCACCUGAUCUAUCAAUGCAGCAUUUCCAAGGUUUAUGCAAUGCAUACAGUGAAUUGUGCAACCAAGAUCCCAAUUUAUUUGCUUAUAACUUUAGAGAGGAACUUCGUCAAAAAAGGCUGUCUGAUAAGUCCCCCCAGGAAAGUGAAGAAGCUGAUUCAGAAAGAUAAAAUCAGAUGUACAAAAUAUAAAUGGUAUUGACAGAAAUGGAUUUGUCUCUAAGAUGUGCCCAUAUUUAAAGUAUCUUUCUAGAUGAAAAUUUAUUUCCCUGCCUGUUAUUAUGUAUACUACCUGUACAGAGUACCUUAUGAAGCUGAUUUGUGUGUUGAACCACACACUUGAAUGGGAAGUGUAUUUUACAAAACCUGUAGAGGGGAAAGCAAGAGUCAGUCUUUCAAGCCAUAUGAAACUAAUGCCGUUUUAAGUUCAAGCCACUGGUCACUCAUUUUCUUUCUUCCUGUGACAUUUCAUUAUUAAACUAAUAAGUCUCUAAGAAAUUUUGAGCUAAUUACAGUACAUAAUAUUCAUACUACAUAGUGGAAUUAAGUACAUUCUGAGAUGAAAGGUUAUGGAAACAGGUGCUCUUCAUUCACGGUUGUACUCUGAACAUAGGAGCAUACCGCUGUAAAAUGUACCUUCUAAAUAUAUAUUUUUGAAUUAGAAGGAUGUAUUUUGCUUACCUUAUCCAGGACUCCUAUCCAAUGUGGUGAAAAAAAUAUUUCUUGCAUUUAGCGCAAUAAGGAGUCUGGAGAUUUUUAACCUGACCUUAAACCCAUUAAUGCAUAAGUAUUUCAAACCUUUUUUUUUCAAAUGCAAUAAAGUUAGGGGAUGCUGAUGUGAAUAGUAGUACAGAUUAAGUAUCCCAUAUCCAAAAUGUUUGUGACCAGAAGUAUUUUGGAUAUCUGAUUUUAUCCGUAUUUUGGAAUAAUUGCAUACCAUAAUGAGAUAUCAUGACGAUGGGACCCAAGUCUAAGCACAUAAUGCAUUUUUGUUUCAUAUACACCUUAUUUACACAGCCUGAAGGUCAUUUAAUACAGUAUUUUUAAUAACUUUGCGUAUUAAACAACGUUUGUGUACAUUGAGCCUUCAGAAAACAAAGGUUUCACUAUCUCAGUCUGUUCAGAAAAAAUCAGUAUUUUGGAUUAUUUGGAUAUGGGAUACUCAACCUGUAUUCUUCUUAGAAGUAGUGUCUCUAUAUAAUCAAACUGUGGUGCGUUAUAUAGUCCCUAUUCUGGAUAGAGGAUUGCAAACCCCAGGCAGUAUUAAUUUUGCCUCUUCCUCUACAUUUACAGAAAACUACCAGAUUGUGUGAGCUCUUUGUCCCAUCAUCCCAAAUUUAUAUGUAACGGUCAACUUAAUUCUAUCUCUCAAUACAGUUAAUUUUUGUUCACUUA